AUGGGGACUUCUGACGAUGACCUCUUCUGUUGGAUUCAGGAGCAAUACUUUCUACUUCGGGGGCGACUCGGCGCAUUCAUGAGCAUUCGCAUUUACUCGCACUGUGACUUUUACAUGUUCCACAAAUACGACACCGAGAUGUACAGUCCUGUCGAGCAACAUUCGUUCCCCGGGAACGAAAUCCCUUACGACUUUUCGCCCAAGCCCAUGGACCCUGUUCUGCCAAUAUCAGAUGACCAGUUCUACCACCGCUUCUAUGCCUGUUAUAACCCAGCAAGCCUUCACAGGCUAUUUCACAAAUGCCGCAAACGCUGUGGCGACAGGGCAGAUGUCGGCAGUUUCCCUCUCCGUCGCCAUGGUCUUCAGGUCGAGGUCACGAAGAAAGAAUACUUUUGGGGCAUCUACGUUGUCACACGCGUCUCAUACACCGGUGUUGCGGUCUACAGUUCUCUCUGUUGCCUGCCGGGGCUCGUCUUCUUCUUCUUGUGGAUGUUUUCCUGGGGCCAUUCUGGGGACUUGCAAAACGCCUCUGUCCCACUUUGUAUUUCACUCGCUCUGCUGGUUGUAUUUCUCUCAUUUGUUAUUGUGGAUUCCUUUUCUUCCAGGCGACAGUGUCCCGUCAUGAAGGAGAAGACAGUGUAA